CGCGUGUUGGACGAUGUUCAGAGAGUUCGGUGGUCACUCGCCAUGUCGCCUCUGUGGUUAACGGUCGGGGUCCUGGUCGCCGCUGCGGUCGGACAGGCGGAGCUGAAGAAUACGGGCAGGGAUGGUAAUCCAUUGCCGCCCAUCACAGGUGAAGGUGAUACCAACAGUACUGACCACUUCACCGUACCCGGAAUUAACCAUGGCGACGAGGGCGACGACAUCCUUAUGACGGACGAACAGCUGGCCGCUCUCAACCUCAGCAGGUUAGCCAGGGACGAGCUCGAUGACAUGAUGCUGACGCGAGAGCAGCUGGCUGACAUCCUCAGCAGAAAGGCCACCACGGACCUCUGGAGACACUGGCCCGAUGUCAACGGUUUUCCACACAUUCCUUACACGUUUGAGGACGCCCUGGUGGACCAGACGAAGGUCGAGGCGGCCAUCCAGCACUGGAGGGACCACACCUGCCUCACCUUCACCGAGGUCCCCAACACCAGCACGGGGGAACGCAUCAAGUUCAUUCGGCACGCUACCUCCUGCAACUCCUACGUGGGGAUGGUCAGCGGCACUACCGGGCAGAUCAUUAAUGUGCCCGUGUGGUGUGAGGACUCGUUUGGCAGUCUGGUUCACGAGAUCGGGCACGCCAUAGGGCUCUGGCACGAGCAAUCGAGGUCAGACCGAGAUGACCACGUCGUAAUUCUCGAGGAUAACAUCAUUUCAACAUCGCUUCACAACUUCAACAAGUGGACGACCAACAAUUACGGGGUGCCUUAUGACUACACUUCAAUUAUGCACUACUAUGCACAGGGCUUCACUCUGAACGGACAUAACACCAUCGUCACCAAAGACCCCAGGUUCCAAGCCGCCAUUGGCCAGCGCGAGGGCCUCUCCCACAUGGACAAGCUCAUAGUAAACACCAUGUACGGUUGCACGGCGAAGCUCCUCGGCCCGUGCGGACAAGCCAGUGAUCCCUGCCAGAACAACGGUUAUUUGAAGAGUGACUGUAGCUGCGAGUGUCCUCAGGGAACUUCUGGGACAUUCUGCGAGACCGUUGGAACCCCCUAUAACGAUGCUAUCCUGUAUUUCAACACUGAGAUCGUCACCACCGAAAAAACUAUUGCAACUGUGAAUUACCCAAGUGCUUUUCCUCAUGAUUCGGAUUUCGUGAAGUGGAUUAUCGCCCCAGCGUGCAAUGAAGUGAAAAUAACCUUCCAAUCAUUCGACGUCUAUCAAGCAACAAGUCGAUCGAUAAAUGGCGUUAAUACUCUUGCCUGUUGGUUCGAUGCCCUGGAAAUCAGGACUACUAACACAACGGUGGGGCAGUGGUUCUGCGGGACAGACAUAUCCGCUGGCCAAGUGUUCCAGUCCGUCGGCGGCGAAAUGAUCCUCUACUUCAAGGUCGGGUCUAAUUUCAAGAAGGGGUGGGCGGCUGACGUCACCUUCGUUCCAAUUCCUUCGUGCGGCCCUUCGGAUACGACUACGACAACCACAACCACGGCUACUAGUACCAGUACGACUACAAGUACCAGUACUACUACGGCUACUAGUACCAGUACGACUACGGCUACAAGUACUAGUACCAGUACGACUACAAGUACCAGUACUACUACGGCUGCAAGUACUAGUACCAGUACGACUACAGGCAAGUCUACAACUACAACUACAAGUACUUCUUCAACUACAAGUACCACGACAACCUCAAGUACAACCACAAGCACGUCAACAAGCACAAGCACGACGACAUCAUCCACAACCACAACAACAGCGACAACCACAACGACAACAACCACGUCGACCACUACGACAGCCACAACGACGACAACGACGACUACAACCACCACCUCAACCACCACAACCACAACGGCUGUGCUUGACCAGUGUACCAUCUACACAGAAAACGGAGCCACCUAUUUCAUUUCGCCGUAUUUCCCUGAAAGUUACCCACCAAAUGCAUACUGUGCUCUUUCGAACAUUACAGACGAACUCGCGACGGUGUACCUCUACAUCAGGGUCCUUCGGCUGCGACCUGGCGACGUCCUGCAGAUCCAGAACCCUUACACACCACCGCUAACCUUGACGGGAAGGAAGAACAACUACAGACGUGUCAUCCCCAGCGCACAGUUCCUCGCUACUUUCACGUCCAACUCUCUCAGACAGUGGAAAGGUUUUUAUGCUCAGUUCAGACCGAGGACUUCUGGCUGCCACCAAAUCCUGUCAGCCAGCCCCGGGGGAGCCAUCACGUCGCCCAGAUUCCCCCGCAGAUACCCGAGGAAGAAGUACUGUGAAUGGCACAUCAUCGCGGCGAUGGGUAUGAAAGUUCAGCUGACCUUCACGCACAUGCGGCUGGGAACCAACUCCUUGACCUACGUGGCUGUGAACCCGACGACAAACCCUUACUACGUCUCCGGCUCUGUCCUCUACUUCAACGGCUUCUCUCUCCCGCCGACCGUCGUCUCAGACUCAAGCCUCAUGAGGAUUUUCUUCUCCGGGUACCAGAGGACUCGGGGCUUCAGGCUGCUGUACAGUGAGGUUCCCUAGAGACAGGGGAACAGAGGGAGAAGAAGGGGAGAUAAGGGCAAAGGAGUGAGGAAGAAGGAGAGAAGGAGGAUAGGUGGAGAGAAAGGGGGGGAAUCCAUGUUACUGAUUCAGCAGAAUUCAUCACUAAUUACUGUUCCUCAGUUUUGUGGUAAAGGUUUUAAGUUUCAGGGUUUCAGGGCGGGUGGUUGCCUAGUCAUGCUUAAAUUGAAUAUACUGAAGAAGGCUUCUUUACCUUGUUUUUCUUGACCCUUUGUACAGUAGUGCAAAGAGCUGAAGAAGAAUGUUAUAAACAUCAUAUUGUAUUCAAUUUGAUUUCAAGCAUAAAGGAAUUUGUUAGUAAUAAAAGGAUAAAAUUGUACUUAUCCUGCAAGUGAAAUAAAAAGAAUUUUGGCUGUUA